AUGCAUCCUAGAUCAGGCGCAGACCCGGACGCGCAAUGGCCGCCGAAGUCACCUCACGACGUCCUGAUGAGCACCCCCGGCGGACGCGAGCGAUUGCGACGGCUAGCCGAACGAACAUCCCCAUCACCAUCACCAAGCAAGAGAUCCAGAGCAACGCCUGCGCUGGGCGCAAGAUCUGCGAACCCAAGACGGGACGAUGCGGAAGUCGACGAUGGUAUCGACGUAGAUGACGAUGAAGACGAAGAGAUGCUCCAAUUGAAACUGGCUGCCAUACAGGCGAAACUCAAGCUGAAGAAGCUGCAAAGCGCACGGGCGAAGAAAGAUGUCGAUGUUGAGCCUAGUUCAUCGCGACCCGAGCCGGCGUCUAUACCCAAUCAUGCAGCAACGAGCCGAUCACAAUCCCGCGCCGAGGCCAUGCGAUUGGGCCAGACACUACCACGGCCACAGUCGCAGGUGGAGGUACAAGUCCCGGCAUCACCAGUCAGAAGAGCUCAGACAGCGCAAGGCCAUACAUCUCCUAGUAGAGUACGGCUGGGCAUCGACAAAGGCCUGAAGGCAAAGGACAUCUCCUUGAAGCGGGUACCGAGUGUGAGGAGACCUCAGGAGGGUCAAAACGGAUCACAAGGAGGCUAUCUUCGGAGAGCACGCACACCAGCUCCGGGCGCAACGAACCAGGAACGGCCAAAGACUUUCAGUGAGAGGCUGGCAGAAUCAAGGGCCGAGGAAACAGGUCGGCGGGAGCGUCAAGAGAGAAUAAAGAAGCUGAGGACGAAUGCUUUCGACCUUGGCAAGCAGGAGAUGGAUCAGUUCAAGAACAGUGCAACAGAGAUACCCGAUAUAUCCAUAGAAGCAGAGCAGUACAGUCGGGAUGAGGUGGUGGCUGGCGGCGGUAUUAAAAGAAGCAGCACGAUGCCCAGUCUAGGGCGACAGGAUGAAGACCAAUCAGCAAACAGUUUCGCAACCUCAGAACCCUGCGAGUACAGCGGCACGACUACUCGCAAGAAUGUCCCUCCGUCUGAAGUCCCAGAGGAAGAGGCUUCAGCGUUCGAACCGUACUCCAGCGUCCAUCUCUCGAAGCGAAUCAUACCACACCCAGUAUUGACACGCAAUCUAGCUGGGAAGAAGACAUACGUCAUCAAGGAUCUCUUGAAGCACGUCAAAGCGCCAGACUUCCAGUUGGCAGAGGUCGAGCAGGACAUAGUGGUCUUCGCCAUCCUGGCCUCCAAGUCUGAGCCUCGCGCACACAAGAACACAAGCAACCUCAAAGAGAAGACGGAAGUAGACCCGGCACGCGGGAAGUUCAUGGUCCUGAAACUAGUCGAUCUACAAUGGGAACUCGAGCUCUUCCUUUUCAACACCGGAUUCGAACGUUACUGGAAACUGAUCCCAGGCACACUCAUUGCGAUACUCAACCCGACCAUCAUGCCGCCCCCACCAGGCCGCACCGACACGGGCCGGUUCAGCCUCGUCAUCAACAGCGGACAGGACACGAUCCUGGAGGUGGGCAACGCGAGAGACCUGGGGUUCUGCAAGAGCGUCAAGAAGGGCGGCGAGUACUGCAGCAGCUGGGUGAACCGCAAGCGCACCGAGUACUGCGAGUUCCACAUGAACCUAGCCCUCUCCAAGAAGCAGCAGGCUCGCCAGGACGUCAACGCUUUCAACACGGGGCUCGGACCCAACAGCAAGAAAAAGGGGAACUCGUACCGUCUGCCAAAAUGGGAGGAGCACGCCAACGAUCCCAAGAAGAGCAAAAGGGGUAAGUACGACCGCGAAACCCACAGCGCCUGGUUCAUGCACAAGCCCAGCGCGGCGGCCAUGCUCGACAACGAGGUGCUGGGCGGUAACUACGGCCAGGUGACCGACACAGUCGAGCGCAGUCAGGCACUGCGGCGGCGGUUGGCCACCCAGGAGAAGGAGCGCGACAUCAUGAAGAAGCUGGGUCAGGUCGGCAGCGGCGCCGGCAAGGAGUACAUGUCAAUGGGGCCGCAAAAGCCGUCGAACCCCAAAGACGGGUUUGGCUCGAGCAUGGCAUCCAGCACCACACAGGCGACCGAGGACGGCCGGCCGCCCCAGCUGGACGCCAAGGCCCUGGGCCUGGUCCAUGAGAAAGGCUCGGAUCGGCCCAAGAUCCACCUCAGCCCCGUGAAGAGGAAACGCGUCGACAGCGCCAUGUCGUGGAAUGCGCCGAAUUCGUCCGCGCUGAGGAGUAGUUCCAGCGUACAGGGAACGAAUACCGCGAAUUCAAAAGUCGGCCUGGGCUGGGGCGCCCCUCUCAAGGACAAGCUGUCACGCAUGAAGGAGGGCGAAAAGCUAGCUGGCCGCAAUAGCAAUAAAGGGGAUGAGGGGGACUCCUCCGAGGUUCAACAGGUGCCGAGUUCGAGUGUUUCUGGCGGCGCUCCUCCCGCACUCAGGGCUACUACUACCGGGGAUGGGAACAAAGACAGAGCCCGGUCGCCGGCUCGAAAGAAGACUCGUUUCGUCACUGAGAAGGGCAUCCGCGAGGCUGGGCGCGAGAGCCUGGGCGAUGAGCUGGUGAUUGCCAAUGCCAACGUCAAUGCUUCGGGCGCCGAUGCUGAUGCUAGGAAGGGAAAGGGCUCCUCUGGAAAGGCAAAGGGGGUCCGCAUGCAUGGGCGCGGGAUGGUCGUGCUUGAUGAUGACGAUGAUGACGAUUUGCUUAUCCUUGAUUAG